AUGAAACAAAAAAAAAUGUCAAGGUAUGUAAAAUUGACCAAAGAUAAAGAACAAGCACCAUUUCAAGACAUUACUCCUGGAGAGCUUAACCAACCCAUUGAUAUUCAGUUAAAUACUCGUAGAUGUCUUGAAUGUGGACAAGUUUUACCGGAAGCCUAUCAACCCCCGGCUGAUGAAGAUUGGACAACUGGAAUCUGUGGUUGUGUCGAAGAUACUGAUAGUUGUUGGACAGGACUGUUCUGUCCAUGUGUUCAAUAUGGAAGAAACAUUGAAGCAAUUAAUGAUGACAUUCCUUGGACCAAUGGAUGUGUUUGUCAUGCAAUUUGUGUAGAAGGUGGAAUGGCACUUGCAGUAGCAACAGCAUUUUUCAAUGGAAUUGAUCCUGAGACAUCAUUUCUCAUUGCUGAAGGCCUUUUUUUCUCUUGGUGGAUGUGUGGUAUUUAUACUGGUCUCUUUCGACAAUCUCUUCAAAAGAAAUAUCAUUUAAAGGACUCACCAUGUGAUCCUUGUAUGGUACACUGUUGUUUGCAUUGGUGUGCUAUAUGUCAAGAGCAUCGAGAGAUGAAGAAUCAUCUAUCAUCUGAUAAUACUAACACUGAUGGAACUAUUACCAAUCCUCCUCCAGUUCAAGAGAUUAAAUCUGAUUUGAACAAUGAAUCUACAUCCUCUGCAAGUUCUUCUACAAAGGAUCAUGAACAUAAUAAUUUGGAGAUUCAACCUGUUUAA